AUGCUGCCGACUCGCUCCUCCACCCUCUCAGGACACAUUAAGCUCUGGUUCCUGAUCUUAGCUGUCUUUGUGGUCCUGGCUCAGACGUCCCCAGAUGGAUGGCUCAAAACAUGCUUCUUUGGGAGGGGCAAAUGCAAACGAGAAUGUGCCGCAAGUGAAAAGAAAAAAGAGACCUGUGGGAAGCACACUUUCUGCUGCGUCCCAGAAGCAAAGUCAAAACUAUCCUCCAUCCCAAUACGCAAUGAACGGGAAAAGCAUGAAUUGGCUGCUUACCUGAAAGUCGCAAAGUCCUUAAUCAUAGUGGACUGUACAAAGCUGGUCAUGUCCAAUGACCAGGAGGCAACUAUUCCUGCCUGCCUGAUUGGCAUCAUAAAAGGCCGCGACAGCUGA